AUGCAGUUCCCUCUCUUCCUCGCUGCCGCUGCCCUUGUCGGCCAAGCAAGCGCCUUCUACGGCCAAAUGUCUGCUUCUGCCUAUGAAGCCAACGAGGGCGGUGUUUUCCAGAUCAUCUAUCUCACCGACUACAACAGCGGUUCUACCUAUUCUGGUACCCUUUAUGGAGGAUUCAACGGCUGUGCUAGCUCUGAAUGCUCUAUCGACUUUUAUGAGACCAGCGCCGGUGGAUAUGAGUUUGGUGCUCUCAUAUGGCGUACUAGUGAUGGAUGCCACAAUAUUGACUUUGAGGGUGCUUUGGAUGCGGGCCAUGGGUACUGCUGUGGUUCGUUGCCUUGCGAUUUCUCUGCUUAA